AUGGCGAUUGUGGCCAUUCUGCUGGUGAGCUUCGCCUGGGACAUCGGUGGGCACAACAACGUUGCCGCCUUUAUUACGAUGCUGGUUGGCGUCAUCUUCAUUGGGAUGUCAUGCAACUACGGCAGCAGUGUGUUCUUGGGCUACAUGGAGCGCAUGCCGCCUUGGCAGAUCAGCUCGUGGUCGUCCGGAACGGGAUUGUCGGGUGUUGCCGCCUCGCUCAUAUUUCUUGGCUUGACGUCCGCUAGCAUGACUAACGCACAGAUCUUCUUGCUUAGCAUCGUUUUUGUCAUUGUCUACUGGCUCAUGUAUUUCUUCGGUCUCAAGUUGCCCUUUUGUGUGCCGGUGAGCUCUGCCAGCACGACGGAGGGGAACGAAGUGGCCGGCGACCCCUUGAGGAGAGUUGAGGAAGCGGAGGAGGGGGGCCACUACGUGUGCAAGGCCAUGGUCAACUGGAAGGGCACGCCGUGGACAAGCAUCAUCCCUGCGCGGCCCGACGUGAAACCGGAGUGUCUGAGGGCGAUGGAGCGCGCGAAGCGAGCUGCUGCUUCUGAGGGCGGGAAACGUGAACCAGUGGAGAAGGCGGAGGAUGCGGAGAAGUGCGAAAACGCGCAUCUGGGCAGGUGGGCACUGUGGAGGCGCGACGUGUGGCCGCUGAUCAAGGAGAUGCACAGCUUCACGCUGUGGAACAACUUGAACCUCGCCCUGGUGUACGUCGCGGAGUAUGCGGUGCAAUUUAUGGUGCCCUUCAGCUUUCCGUGCGAUCAGGUGAAGAUGGAGAAGAGCUUUUGGCUGAAAAAUUCGUUUGUCAUCACGCAGUUCUGCUACCAGUUCGGCGUGCUGAUCUCCCGCAGCAGCCUCUUGUGCAUCCGCAUUCGCCAUGUGUGGAUCAUGUCAGUCGUCCAGGUGCUCAACGCGGUUGCCUGGUUCCUGCAGGCGAAACUAAAAUACAUUUCAGACCCGAAUGACGCGGAUCGCGAAAUUAAACUUGCGUUUGUCCUUUUCCUAUGGAUGAUCUUUGUGGGCCUGAUGGGCGGCGCCUCGUAUGUGAACGUGUUCUACAACAUCCUUGAGGAGACGCGGGUGAUGCAGGCGCAGGAGGUGGAGGAGGCCGUGGAGUUUCUCGCCUCGCGCCAGCGAGUUGGCGACGAAGCGAAGCCGGGGAAGGCCGGGGGUGGGGAGCAAGAAAUGGACGUGGUGGAGGGGGAGUCGAAGGAGGCGUGCGAGGCGACCCACUACAUCGCGACCGUCUGGAAGGAGAAGCGUGACCUGGCGAUGAACCUCGGCUCCAUCUACUCCUCCAUUGGAAUCACCCUGGGCUCCCUGCUGGACCUGCUCUUCACGCUGGUGGUUUUGAAGGGAGACGAGUGCACGUAG